ACGGAAAUUCAGGAGGUUUUGUGAACAACCGACCAUCUUGAAAUUUACUCUCUUAUUCUUCGUGUUCGGUACUGUGUUGAUACCCAGUAAGCCGAAUUUCAAGUGAUAUAUUAGAUAUUACUAUAUCUGCUGUUUAUUAAUAACGAAACUAACAAUUACUAAUUAAUUUAAAAAAUGUCCAAACGACGGAUCGAUGUAAUAGACCCUUUUAUCAAAAAGAAACGGGAAGAACGAGGCAUAAGCAUUGCGGUUACAACCGCACCAUCCGGUUCAUCAAAUCCUUACACAGGUUUACCUUAUACACAAAAGUAUCAUGAAUUGUUUAGAAAAAGAAUUGGAUUACCAGUAUUCGAGUAUAGAGCUGAUUUUAUGAGGCUUUUAAAUGAGCAUCAAUGUAUAGUACUCGUGGGAGAAACAGGUUCUGGUAAAACUACACAAAUACCUCAAUGGUGUGUAGAAUAUUCGAGGACAGUGGGUACAAAAGGUGUAUGUUGUACUCAACCUAGGAGAGUGGCGGCAAUGUCAGUUGCUCAAAGAGUAUCUGAAGAAAUGGAUGUACCUUUAGGUCAGGAAGUUGGUUACAGUAUACGUUUUGAAGAUUGUUCUUCUGCAAAAACUAUACUCAAGUACAUGACUGAUGGUAUGUUAUUAAGGGAAGGAAUGAGUGAUCCUAUGUUGGAAGCUUACCAAUGUAUUUUACUUGAUGAAGCUCACGAGAGAACUUUAGCUACAGACAUUCUGAUGGGUGUUUUAAAAGAAGUUAUCAAACAAAGAAAGGAUUUGAAACUUGUUAUUAUGAGUGCAACAUUGGAUGCUGGUAAAUUUCAACAUUAUUUUGAUAAUGCUCCUUUAAUGAAUGUUCCUGGUCGAACUCAUCCAGUAGAAAUAUUUUAUACCCCAGAACCAGAAAGGGAUUAUCUGGAAGCUGCUAUUAGAACUGUGAUUCAAAUUCAUAUGUGUGAGGAAAUUCAAGGUGAUGUAUUACUUUUUUUGACUGGACAAGAGGAAAUAGAAGUGGCUUGUAAAAGGAUAAAAAGGGAAAUAGACAAUUUAGGUCCAGAAGUUGGUGAACUGAAAUGUAUACCUUUAUAUUCUACAUUACCUCCAAAUCUACAGCAGAGAAUUUUUGAAGAUCCUCCUCCAAAUAAACCUAAUGGAGCUAUCGGUAGAAAAGUUGUAGUAUCUACAAAUAUCGCUGAAACGUCUUUGACCAUUGAUGGUGUUGUUUUUGUUAUUGAUCCUGGAUUUGCCAAACAAAAGGUGUACAAUCCUAGGAUUAGGGUAGAGUCUCUGUUGGUUUCACCUAUUAGUAAAGCUUCAGCGCAACAAAGGGCGGGUCGUGCUGGGAGAACAAAACCUGGAAAAUGUUUCAGAUUAUACACAGAAAAAGCUUUCAAACAUGAAAUGCAGGACAAUACAUAUCCAGAAAUAUUGAGGUCAAAUUUGGGAUCAGUCGUACUUCAGUUGAAGAAGCUGGGUAUCGAUGACCUAGUACAUUUCGAUUUUAUGGAUCCUCCAGCACCUGAAACACUUAUGCGUGCAUUGGAACUACUUAAUUACUUAGCUGCAUUAGACGACGAUGGAAAUUUGACAGAUCUGGGAGCUGUAAUGGCGGAAUUUCCCCUCGAUCCUCAACUUGCCAAGAUGUUAAUUGCUAGCUGUAAUCACAAUUGUUCCAAUGAGUUAUUGUCGAUCACAGCAAUGUUGUCAGUCUCGCAGUGUUUCGUACGUCCAAAUGAAGCAAAAAAAGCAGCUGAUGACGCUAAGAUGCGCUUCGCACACAUUGAUGGAGAUCAUCUCACACUACUCAACGUCUAUCACGCAUUUAAACAAAGUAUGGAAGAACCACAAUGGUGCUACGAGAAUUUUGUCAACUACCGUUCGUUAAAAUCCGCUGACAACGUUAGGCAUCAACUUUCUAGAAUUAUGGAUAGAUUUAACUUGAAACGUACCUCUACAGAAUUUACAAGCAAAGAUUACUACAUCAAUAUUAGGAAAGCUCUUGUCAAUGGAUUUUUCAUGCAGGUGGCACAUCUUGAGCGAACAGGACAUUAUUUGACAAUUAAAGAUAAUCAAAUAGUACAACUCCAUCCAUCCACAUGUUUAGAUCACAAACCAGAAUGGGUCAUCUACAAUGAAUUUGUACUAACUACAAAAAAUUAUAUUAGGACUGUCACAGAUAUAAAACCUGAAUGGUUAUUAAAGAUAGCACCACAAUACUACGAUCUCAACAAUUUCCCACAAUGUGAAGCUAAACGACAAUUAGAAAUUCUCCAGAAUCGAUUAGAGUCCAAACAAUAUCAACAAGGAUUUUAAAAAUUGUUAUAUAAAUUCUUGACGACAUUAAGCAAACUUUUCAAUAACUAUUAUAUACUGAUAGAAUAAAUGUGUUGAAUCCAUUCCAAAAUAAAUAGUUGGGCUGUAACUCUGUUCCAAGGGUUAUGAGAACAGUUUCGUAUGAUUGAAAACUAAGCUUUCAAUGUAUAUUCUAAACCUUUUCAUGAUUGCAUUAGUUAAAAUCUAGUUAUUUCUUGUUUUAUAUAUCUCAUAUAAGGUGUAUUACAUUUCACAUUAAAUUAUGUUUGAAAUAAAGAAA